CUCAAACUCAAGUACAGUUUUUUUCCUGCUAACAAGUAAUGUGUUUGUGAGGGGGCCGGUCUGACCGACGUCGUCGAAGCUGUUGGGGGUGGCUCUCUCUCUGAUGUAUACAGCCACAUCAUAUUUAUUACCUUCAGUAUCAAGUAUACAUGUGUGUCUAGUCUACAUACGUGUAGUGUUUCCCGUAAACGUCAUAUAAACUCAUAUACAGUUGCAUUGCACACACUCGCUUCUUCUCUGCGGAAGAAAUCGAACGUCAAUGCGGGGAACUGGAGUGUGCCAAGAUACUUAUUUUUGGAGUCGAUGAUAUGAUAACGCUCGUGUUGUUGGUUACGUUGAGACUUACCUAUUACUAAUCACAAGUGUCCGAGGUGCUUUGGGUGCUGUAUUGUCGUUUUGAUUUUUGUUUGUUUUGCUUUUGCUUAUCGUUGUACUAUUGAAAAACCAAGUUAAUCAAUGAUUCAUACGUGUACUGUGUUCUUUUUGUGUAAGGCUGUUGUCAAGGCUUAUGGACAUUUAUAUUUUUAAGGGUAAACUGUUCGACUAAUGGAAUUGCUGCUGUUUUGCACACUGUUCGUUGGUCUUUCAUCCGUUGUUUUGAUCUACAUUUUUUGGAAGAUCGUUAUUAGCUUAUAAAUAUUGCUUUGGCCGUCAUGUGCUUUUAGCAUUGCUUGGAUUUUUCUGUUUAUUUCUUUUUUAUUUUUCUUUAGUAGUUAUGUUCUGGUGUACGUAGAAAUCUUUGAUCAAGCAAUAACAAAAAGCUUCCCAACUAGCUGGUGUUGGUUGAUUGCUUUGAAUAAUAAACAUUUUGUUGCGAAACAGAAAGUAAUACAAGAGCAAAAUGAGUAAGAAAAGUAUGGACAUUUCAUUCGAAGAGGACAGCAAGCCUAUGCUGACAAGGAAGUACUUGAAAAAGAAAAUCAUGUGUCCAGAAACAAAGUUCAGGCAUCACGUUCAGGAGCGUCUUCAUGUACUUGAUUUGGUCAAACGUACAGUCGAUAUGGGCGAAAGUAACUCUCUGCUGCUGAUUGGUCCAAGAGGAUGUGGAAAAACAACACUCAUCAACAGCGUACUGAGGGAGUUGUCUCGUUCCAAAAAUUUUCAAGAUAACGCUCUAAUAAUAAAUUUAAAUGGUCUGGUUCAUACAGACGACAAAUUAGCAUUGAAAGAUGCGACAAGGCAGAUGCAGCUUGAAAAUGUUGUUGGUGACAAAGUUUUUGGUACAUUUGCUGAGAAUUUGAGUUUUUUAUUGGAAUGUUUAAAAUCAGGAGACAAAAAAAACUCACAACCGAUAAUAUUUAUUUUGGAUGAGUUUGAUUUGUUUUGUGGACAUCACAAACAAACUCUGCUGUACAAUCUUUUUGAUGUAGCUCAAUCUGCUCAAGCUCCUAUCUGUGUAAUUGGGAUAACUUCUAGAUUAGACGUGAUAGAAUUGUUAGAAAAAAGAGUCAAGUCUAGGUUUUCACACCGACAAAUUUUUCUCCACUCUUAUAUUACAUCAAACUCGGAGACUUCUGCCAUCGAAGAGCGUCAGGAACUCUUUCAGCAUUUACUCAGUUUGCCCAAUGAUGAAAACGUUAAUGAAAUAGAGGAAGCAAAUCAAGUUUGCAACAUAAGUCCAAAGUUUUGUGCUGCGUGGAACAGGGAAAUCAAAGAUCUAGCAGGAAAUCCGAAAAUCAAAAAGCUGUUGAAGCAAAUGUAUCGAGAAAAUCCAUCCGAGAGAGAAUUUAGAAAUUUUUUGGCAGUGGCUAUUUCGUCUCUUUGCUCAAAUCAUCAGUCGUUGGAUGUCAAUGAUUUUGUUAAAGCAAGUCAAAUGUUUACACAAGACGAAAAACUACUGAUUCUGGAAGGAUUAUCUACCUUGGAAAUGUGCCUGAUAAUAGCUAUGAAGCAUGAAACAGAAAUUUAUGAUGGGGAACCAUUUAAUUUUGAAAAAAUCUUGACCCAUUAUUCAAAGUUUGCAAAUAAUUCUCCGAUUGAGGCUGUCCAAAGACCAGUGAUCAUGAAAGCAUUCGAGCAUAUAAAGGUAAGCUUG